AUGGGGGAGGAGAUGGAAUCGAAGGGAGAUAUGGAUGGAUAUGAAUUUGAACCUCGAUGGGAGAUGGGCGGUAGAGGGAGGGAGAUUGCCGGGAGAGCGGGAGGGGGCGAGGCCGGAAAGAGCCGACACCAUACCAACAGCAACCAACUUGUGUGUGCCGUGCCAUGGCGCCAUGCCACCGUCCGUCAAGAUCAUCGAAGAGGCCCGCGUGGCCGUGCCGCCCACCGCGGCGCUGCCGCCGGAGCCCAUCCGUCUGUCCGCGCUCGACGCGCAGUGGAUCACGCUCCCGCUCAUCCAGCACGUGCUCAUCUUCGUCAACGACGGCGACGGCGACGGCAGCAUGCCGCCGUGGACGCCCUCCGCGCGUCGUUCGUGGAGACCCUCGCGCGGUUCCCCACGCUGGCCGGGCGGAUCGUGCACGUUCCGCCCACGGGCGACGCAGCCUUCGACUGCACCGCGGGCGGCGUCGCCAGCGGGGUCAGGUUCCUCGUCGCGGAGGCGAGCGAGGACUUCGACGCCUACGCGGCCCGCCGCCUCGCCGGGGACGAGGACCACGACGUGGAGGCGUUCGCGCGGCUCGUGCCGGCGCUCGACACAGGGGUGCUCCCCGCGGAGACGCUGGCCGCGCAGGUCACGCGGCUGCGGGGCGGCGGGCUGGCGGUCGGCGUGGCGAUGCACCACGCCGCGGUCGACGGACGGUCCGUGUGCAGGUUCCUCCGCGCGUGGGCGGCGGCGUGCCGCGGGGAAGGCGACGCCGACGCCGCGGCCGAGCCACCGACGACGUUCGACCGCACGGCGAUCAGGCUCCCCGGCGGCGAGGAGCUGGCCAGGAGCGUGUUGCGGAAGUGGGUGCCCGAUCUGCCAGUGGCCGCCGUGGCAGGGCACUUCAUCCGCCCCAACCUCUCCCGCCGGACGUUCACCAUCUCGGUGCAAGCCAUGCACCGCCUGAAGCAGCGCGUCGUCGCCGAGCUCUCGCCCGCGCAUGAGCAGGACGCCGCCGGCACGCCGCCGCCGUCCAGCUUCGUGGCGGUCGCAGCGCUCGCGUGGGUGUCCUUCGUGCGCUCCAAACACCCGGCCGGCAUCUUCUCUGCCGACGACGAGGUCUACCUCUUCUUCUUCGCGGACUGCCCGGCGCGCCUGGACCCGCCGCCGGGGGACGGCUACUUCGGGACGUGCAUCUCCGGGUGCCUGGCGCGGGCCACCGCGGGGGGCCUCCUCGCCGAGGGCGGGGCGGGCGUCGCGGCGGCGGCGGUCGCCGAGGAGGACCCGCUGGCCGGGUGGGACUGGAUGACAACCCUGGGGCGGGUGGACAUGGACCGGCUGAUGAACCUGGCCGGGUCCACGAGGUUCCCCGCGUACGAGGCGGCCGACUUCGGGUGGGGCCCGCCCGGCAGGACGGAGCUGGUCACCAUGAACCACGACGGGCAGGUCGUCCUCGUGGCCGGGAAGGGCGGCGGCGUCCAGGCGUCCGUGUCGCUGCACCCGGCGCACAUAGACGCGUACAAGUCGCACUUUCUCAGCUACUUUGGGUGA